UUCUGGCUUUGUUACGACCGGGAAGCCAUUUUGGAAAUCUGCUUGUUGUGCACUAGCAUAACACUCUCCAGCUACUUGCAAACUUUAGUGUUUUUUUUUGCCCAGAAAAACAACGCGAAGGACCUGUGGGUGCGCGGUAAUAAUUAACCUUUGAGUUCCCGUUGCGUCGAGAUGCUGGCAGAAGUUUGCGCAUCUUCGGUGACAGUAAUGUGAGGAUCUGUUUCCUUUUGGAUUACGCUCUUAAAGAAUAAUAACAUACAUGGACUCGAACCACGCGGUCUAAACAAAGAAGAAUGACCAUGGAUUUUUCCCAACUGCACACAUACACGCCACCACAGUGUGCUCCAGAGAACACCGGCUAUACCUACUCCCUCAGCUCCAGCUACUCCACAGCAGCAUUAGAGUUUGAGAAGGAACACCAGAUUGCUGCCGUGUACGAAUCGCCCAGGAUGUCACGGCGGAGCCUGCGUCUGCAGACCGGUGCCGGUCACUAUGGCAACGAGAGCCUGGCUGACUACUCCCAGAACCACAGCAGCAACUACACCAAUACCAGGAGAGAGACACGGACGCUGCGGAGCAAAAAGCAGCAGUCCAGUUCCGGUGCCCUGUCAUUAUCCCUGAGCCAAGUCGCCACACCGAGGAAAACCCUCUCCUUCUCAGCUGUUAGUACACCGAUUAACAGCAGCAGCAGCGUCGUUCAGGAGAGCAACACAGCAUCUGAUGCCUCUCUACUCGCCUCCAUCCUGGACCAGUCACACCUGAGGCAGCGCACCGUCACCACAACCACAACCACCACUUCUACUUCUGUGGAUGGACACUGGGGGAUGAGCUCCAGCGCCGACCACACUUCAUCAGGUGUCAAUGGAGACGCCAGUGCAUCAAAGUCCCACACCUCGCUCGCAAAUGGUUACAUCUGCAAAGACUGCUCUAUACACUCUCACAAGAUGGACUCCUUUAUCACACGGUCUUCAUCGUCAUCGUCAUCAUCAUCUCAGGCUGCAGAAGCUUCCUCAGGCGCCCUCUACUCCUCCUCAUCACCUUUCACAAGCAUAUACACCAGAGACAGGAGUCGAAGGAAUAAGACAGGUGUCCUGGUGUCUAUGUCUAACGCGUGUAUGCGCUACAGCAAACGAGCCCUGGCCCCCAUAGUGUCCUUAGUCACCCUGAUCUUCAACAAUGUGCUCUGGCUGGGUUCAAGGGCCAAAAGCCCUCCAGGAAAAGGUGUGUUUGCAUCAUUUUCGGACUCGAUGAGACAAGCAGUGUCCUCCAGUUUCUCCCAACUGUGGCUGUUUAAGCAGACCACUCUCCACAGGGUGAUGGGCUACAGGGCUAAUGGAUAUGAAGGACAAGCUCACACAAGUUUCUGUGGAAGCAUGAAUGUGAAGGGCCUGGUGACUGAAGAUGCAUCACAUCUUAAUCUCAAUGGUUCCCUGUGUGAUGACUGUAAAGGGAAGCAGCAUUCAGAGACACACACCGUCCUCCUCACACAGUCCUCCAGGUCUCAACGCCUGGCGGGGGCUCUGUGGAGCGUCCUAGCUUACACAGGUUACUGCCUCCUGCAGCCAGGCUACUGUGUGGUGCGAGCAGGCAAAGCGUUGGGCUCCGGGGCUGGGACAGUGGUGCAGGGGCUGCUCUCACUCUUCUGGAUGCUCCUGGCAGCUCCAGUGAAGGCAGGCAGGGGACUUCUGUGGUUUCUUGCAGCAGGAUGGUACCAGCUGGUGUCUCUCAUGUCUCUACUCAACGUCUUCUUUCUGACUCGAUGCCUUCCCAAACUCUGGAAACUCCUGCUGUUCCUUUUGCCCCUUUUGCUCCUCCUUGCUUUAUGGUUGUGGGGUCCGUCCACUGCUGCCCUUCUCGCCUAUCUCCCUGCCAUAAACAUUACCGAGUGGCGUCCUGCGUCUCCUUUCACCUUCUUGUCUAACUUGGUGCCAGCUUCUGCUCCGGUUCCUGCGUCUGUCAUUGUCCCUGCACCAGAGACUUCAGUGGAGCAAACCCCCGCCACCCCGGUCUCACAGGCACCACCGAUGCUUCCCCCUGUGGUGGUCUCCGGUGUGGACUUGGAGCGACUGGAACAUGUAGAGCGCCAACUAGCCCUGCUGUGGGAGCAAGUCCAGCAGGGUGACCAGAAGCAGGAGCAGCGCCACGGGGACAUCUUGGGUCUGUACAGCACCCUAAGGGAGCAGCUUCACACUCAGACAGACAGGGAGAGCCUGGGACUGUGGGUGUCCUCCCUGCUGGAGCAGAGACUCGGCGUGCUACGGGGAGAGCUGGAACAGGAGAACACACACAGAGCACAGAGUACAGAGCAGCAGAAACAGCAGCAAGAGAGUCAAGCAGCACGGCUGGCUGGUUUAGAAUUGCUCCUCAACGAUCUGGUUGCCAAAACUGAGAAGGUGCAACAGAAGCAGCAGCAGUAUGAGCACGAGAAGCAGGAAAGGGAGAAAGACGUUGUCACUUCAGCACCAGAAACUGUUCCUAUCAGUGUGGGUGUGAACCAGGAGGACCAUGAUGCUUUGCUAGUGGAAGUGCAGAGACUUGAGGCGGAGCUUGGCAAAGUCAGGCAGGACCUGCUUGGUGUUGCGGGAUGCAAGGGCAAGUGUGAGCAGCUAGACACGCUACAGGAGACAAUAUCAGCCCAGGUGUCCUCCCAGGUGCGUAAGGAGUUGCAGGCUCUGUUCUUUGGCAGUGGUGGCUCAGGAGAGGCGCAGGGAGAGGUGCCUGAGUCCCUGAUCUACUGGCUGUCCCAGCGCUACGUUAGCACACCUGACCUGCAGGCCUCACUAGCCUCAAUGGAGAUGAACAUCCUGAGAAACGUGUCCCUGCAACUGGAGCUUAACCGGGCCCAAACCCUGGGUGAGGCAGAGUCCCAAGCCAAGACCAUCGUUCAGACAGUAACCGGGACAGUCCAGCACGCUGCUGCUGUUGAGGGCCUGACAGAAGAGCAAGUGAAGCUGAUUGUCCAAAAUGCUUUGAGGCUCUACUCCCAGGAUCGAACAGGCCAGGUGGACUACGCCCUGGAGUCUGGAGGUGGCAGCAUCCUCAGUACUCGCUGCUCGGAGACAUAUGAGACCAAGACGGCCCUCAUGAGUCUGUUCGGCCUGCCUCUCUGGUACUUCUCCCAGUCCCCACGUGUUGUCAUCCAGCCUGAUGUGUACCCAGGUAACUGCUGGGCCUUCAAAGGCUCUCAGGGUUACCUGGUAAUCCGGCUGUCCCUGAGGAUCCUGCCCACAUCCUUCUGCGUGGAGCAUAUCCCCAAGGCCCUGUCCCCAACUGGAAACAUCACCAGCGCCCCACGCAACUUCACCGUUUUUGGUCUAGAUGAUGAAUACCAAGAGGAAGGGAAGCUGCUGGGGCAUUACGUAUACCAGGAUGAUGGGGAGUCACUGCAAACCUUUCCUGUUAUGGAACAGAAUGACAAGACCUUCCAGAUCAUCGAGGUGCGGGUGCUGUCUAACUGGGGUCAUCCAGAAUACACCUGCAUGUACCGCUUCCGAGUCCACGGGGAACCUCGGCCUCAGUGAACUAACCACUAACAUCAUACACGCUCACACAUGACAUGUCACACAUCUGUACAUAGCUCGCAUCAACUUGUUAAAAAACGGAGGGGACUCGGCAGUAUUUGGUGGACGUUUUUGUAGGAAGGACACGGAGAACACAGAAGUUGUGGAUUGUGAAAGGAACGUGUCGAGACUGAAUCACGAACAUGUGUUUUGUGAUAUUGAAAGAAUCACAGGGAAGUCUGAUGGGGACUGUCAAGGAUUGCAGAAGAGGAACAGAACCACGGAAGAAGCUAACUCCCAGUCCCCUUUUCGUAAAAAGGUCUCUUGCACUGAAUCAGCCUGUGAGGGCGGCAGGCUCCACUGAGCGGACAAAUCCAUCCCCCCCCCACCCCCUCUUGGCACUCGCCACUUCUACACGGAGGUGGAUGCUUGAAAUGGGGGAUUACAGACUCAUCUCCACUCAUUUCCUCACACAAAGCAUCUCAGUCUGAUUUGGUUUCUGUUCUUAGACAUCUGUGUUGAACUUUGAUUUCCGGUUAGUUUUACAUUUUCAGGAUCAAAGCCACUGCACCUUUGCCUGUGAUGCUGUCCAGGCGUGUCACUCCCUUUUCGUUGCUGUCGAGUCUCUGCAAUGACUUUUAACUGUGCAGCCUGCAGGACUGGACCGAUACUCACAGUGGGUGUGUACUGGACAUGAAAGGUUCACUACAUUUAAGGCUGGGUAUCAUGCAUCCACAUAGCCAUAACUAAGGUUAUCUUUUUUUUUUUUUUUCUGUUUGAACUGAACAUGCUGCCUAUGGACAGGCUCUGAAUGUUUUCUCAAAUGGAGGCUUUGAUGCAAGUCGUCCUUUAACUUCACAGCAACACUAUAUAACCACUGACCUGAGCUCUCUGUGUUCAGAGCAUUAGGAGGCUUUUCACUAUGUCUAUAGGCAAGAUAUGUGUAUGGGAUGGAUGGACUCCCGGGUUCAUUCUAGCAUGUGACUUCCCGAACCAUACUCUGUUACUUUUACAUGCAUCAUGGAUUUACAUGAGUGUGUCCUCUCUGAAGGUUUGAAUCCAGUGCCUGGAUCUCAAAUCACCAAAUCUGUUGAAAGCUAAAUAAUAUAAUAACUUCUCCUGUAGACAAGAGUGUGAUUUUUUCCCCUUCUGUUUCUAUCAAGAGGAGACUCUUUGUCUUCUUCUAGCUCAGUUAUAAACGUCCUCCUCACAUGGGCUCCCUUUAUUCUGAAACCCUGAAGGAAUGUAAUCUGUAUAUUUCAUUGUUGAUAGUUGGUCCUUUAUAAUAUCUGCUUUUAUCAGUGUUGCUUUAUAAAAAAUCAUCCUGUUAUUAUCAUUAUUAUUAUUAUUAUUGUAUUACUACCAUUAUUUCUACAUCGUGUUGUUUUGCUUUUUUUGUUUUGUUUGGGGGGGGGGGUUGUUGAUGUCAGAGGAUGCACUGCAACAACUUGUUAGAGAAAUAUUUGUGGCACAGGUCUUCACAAUUUGUUUAAAAGAAAUGGGGUGUGUGUUUUCAAAACUUUUGGUUGCAAACAUGGGGAAGUCUAAAAAUGUUAUGUAUAAAAAUUUUUUUUGUUCACAAUCUUAUUUAUUAACAAGUUAAUUAGUGACUGCAAGAUAUGAGUUACUGCGAUGUAUAUUUUGUCAAAAGCUGUUCAGUGCAUUUUGGAACCAUCAUGGGACUUUUUUUUAAGAUAAAUGGCUAUUUUUGUUCAGUCAUGAGAUGACUUAACUGCUUUGGAAUAUAUUCCAAUAAAGACUUUAAUUUUGAA